AUGACUGAGGAGACGAGGCAUUCUCCCCAGCGAGAUUGCCCCGAGGACAGGGGCCCGCAGCACCCGUCCACGACAGGGGCCGAAGCUGCGGGCAGAAGCCUCCCCCUGAUGCCGGUAGUGAAGGUAGAGAAGGAGCCCGCUGCUUGUGAGCCCUCGGGGGGCCUCAGCGAGCUGGGGGAGCCGGUGGUGAAGGGCGCCGGUGGCGGCGGGCGCAGGAGAAAGAGGCCCCUCCAGCGAGGUAAGCCCCCUUACAGCUACAUUGCGCUCAUAGCUAUGGCCAUCGCACACGCCCCGGACAGGAAGCUGACCCUAGGAGGCAUUUACAAGUUUAUCACAGAGCGCUUCCCUUUCUACCGGGACAACCCUAAAAAGUGGCAGAAUAGCAUCCGUCACAACCUCACUCUCAAUGACUGUUUUAUAAAGAUUCCCCGGGAGCCGGGCCGCCCGGGAAAGGGCAAUUACUGGGCACUGGAUCCCAAUGCCGAGGACAUGUUCGAGAGCGGUAGUUUUCUGCGCAGGAGAAAGAGGUUCAAGCGCACCGACCUCUCUACUUACCCGGCUUACAUGCACGAUGCAGCGGCGGCGGCGGCGGCGGCGGCCGCUGCGGGCAUGUUCCCCAGCUCCGUGCCAGUGGCUCGUCCUCCCUACCCUGGCUCGGUGUAUUCCAACGUGGCGGCCGCCAUGAAUCCUGCGGGCUAUGGUCAGACUCUGGGCCCCCACUCCUCCGUUUACUACCCGGCCUCGUCCCCAGGCCAAUGCCGGGUUUUCAGCAUCAACAGCCUGGUGCACGGGCCUGGAGACCUGCUGCAGCAGCAGCCUGCGCCGCCGCCCGCGCUCGGACGCCCGCUUAGCCCGGACCUCAGCCAGGCGCCUCCAGUCGCUGCAGCCGCCUGCUCCUUCGGGGCCUCCGCCUCCGCCGCCGCCGCCUCCUACAGCAACCCCGCGUGCAGUGGAGGAAGCGGAGGGAACGGUGGGGCUGGGCCCACCGGGGUGCUGCCUCGGCCGUCCAACACCAUGGCCUACACCUAUCCAGUUCCCAACGGCCAUCUGCCCAUGAACCACGGGUCAUAUCCUCAGGGAAACAGCAGCCAACUGUUCGGAGCAUCCAGCCGUCUGGCAAUGUCCACCUCUCCUCCGGGGGCCAACGACCCUGUGGACUUUUACGGCCGAAUGUCCCCCGGCCAGAUCAGUUCACUGGCACACAGCUACAAUCCUGGGGGGCAGCUCGGGGCUGGCCCCAACGCCUACCAUGUCCGGCAUUCAGCCUACUCUAGUAACGUGGAAAGGUUUGUGUCGGCCAUGUAAAACAAACAAACAAACAAAAGACAUCCUCCCCAGAGAUCCCAAAUCACCAAGGAAAGCUGGAGCAAUACAGAUCGCCACCUUCCAACCUCAACGGGCAAAAAGUGCCCGGCGAAUAGGCCUGAGCGAUGGGGGUGUGGAGGGCCAGGACACAGGUAGAAAUAUCUCAAACUGUGCAAAAGUCAGAAUAAUUGGUUGUAGGUCUGUGUGUUGGGAUGAGGGGUAGUUGAAAGAGAGAAGAAUAAGGAAUAGUGCUGUACCUUUAGUGGAGCGUUGCCUCUCAACUAUAAGAAAGACCAGAGUUUCAGCUGAAGAUUGCCCCUUCGGAAUCCCGCCUUUGUUCAUCGCCCAAUUAACUACAUCUUAAUGUGCUCCAUCACUAUUCCUGUGUCCUUUUAGUACAGAAUUCUUUCAUGGGGCUCUGGAAGGACAAAAUACUCAGGGUGCUCUUGGAUAAGGGCAGAGAACUCGAGGUGCAGGGAGACUUCGAUCAGGUAACUGGAAGGGGAUCAAAGACUCUGGUCCAACUCGCAAUGUUCUCUCAGUUGUCUAUUUGCUUGGAAAGCUAUUUCCUGGGAAGCUGUUGAUCACCAGACUGCUUAGGAGUCUAUGCCGAAGGAAGACUGCAGCCUAUUGCUUUGUUUAUUUUAUUUUGACGGCUUUCUUGCCUUUUCACCCAGGUGGUUUGUGACAUGAAUUCAUUCUAGCAAACAAACAAUUGGCUGCUUCCUUCAGACUUUCUUUGUAUACCCCAGAUAAGGGGCAUUUUUAUACAGUGUCUGCUCCUCGUGGCUUUAACAUUGUAAUAAAUGUCUCUG